AUGCCAGCUUAUUCUAUCCCUCUACAGGCCGCCAAGCUACUUAGCACUGGGAUCCUCAAUAAUCCUCUUCAUGACUUUCCUGCCGACAUCAAGGAAGCUGCUGGUCUAGUCAAGUACGUUGGUUCUGAUGAACCUUGCAUGCCUAUAAACUGGCGGCUCGCGGAAAGCAUUGCCUCUAUCAAGGGUCUGGAAGGGGCAAUGCUGAAUAUCCUUCUUAAGCGCAAGUAUGGCAUUCCAUAUCAGAAGAUUGUAUUGAUACGUGAGGAUCACGCACAACUGUACUUCAUUUCUCCUAUGGUCUUUUCAUUCGAUAGCGAGGGCAUCUUUACGUUGUCUCGUAAUUCAAAAUUUGCAAAGCACUUUCCGAGCUAUGAAACACACGAUGUCAAGAACGUUCACAUGAAUAUUAUGUGUACCACAAUGUAUAAAACGAAGGACUGCCGCUUCUAUCAUCUUCAUGGUAGUAUGAACCCGCGUGUUACUCUGACAGCACUCGACGUUCCCAAGUCUCACGAGACCGAAGUAUCGUCCCUCGACCGUGCUGGCGAGAUCAUUGCCGAGAAAGUCGCAGAAUACGAAGCCGAGGCCAUCGAAACGCUCAUGAACGUCAAAUACAGGCAAGCUGGAACAGUCGCACACUCAAAAGAAGAAUACCUUGCCAGCGAACACGGAAAGGCCCACGCACACAUCGGUCUAUACGAACUCCACCACAUUCCUAAUGCCAAACAGCUUCCUACCUGGUGGAUUCCUGUCGACGGCAAAACCACACCGGAGAGACCUCUCUUUGGAUUGAAGAUCAUCGACUUGACGCGGGUUAUUGCCGGAGCUGCCAUCGCUCGGGACCUCGCAGAGCUAGGAGCGAGCGUUCUUCGCAUCACUUGCCCCGGCGUCUCCGACAUAAAUGUGCUCAAUGCAGAGAUGGGGUGGGGGAAGUGGAACACUCAUUUGGAUCUGAAGAAGGAAGAAGACCGCACUCUUCUACAAGAGCUUAUCUUAGAAGCCGACGUAGUCGUCGAAGGGUAUCGGCCUGGGGUUAUGGCAAAGUGGGGAUUCGGAAAAGAUGAUAUCUUGCAGCUUUUUGAGAACAAGGAGAAGGGGAUCAUUUAUGCUCAUGAGAAUUGUUAUGGCUGGCAUGGUCCUUGGACCCCUCGUUCGGGGUGGCAGCAGAUAAGCGAUGCUAAUACAGGAGUUUCGUAUAGUUUUGGCCGUGCUAUGGGCGUGGACGAACCGGUGACACCAGUCUGGCCUAACUCCGAUUUCUGUACGGGUGCUUCUGGUGCAAUUGGAAUUAUCCAAGCACUCAUUGAGCGUGCUGAGAAAGGAGGUUCAUACGUUGUAGACGCCGCGCUCAACUAUUACAACCAGUGGCUCGUCAAUAGCUGCGGCGAAUACCUCAAAGAUGUUUGGGAUGCAGUCUAUGUCAAGGCGGGUUGUCCGGUCUUCCACGCACGCGACAAUAUGCUCCAACUAAUCCCGCCGGUCCUGGGUAUCCUGAAGGCAACGAAUGCGCCUAUACUCAAGGAUGAAUAUUUCGAGACGCGGGAUAAUCCUGGGGUGGUAGCAAUGAGGACAGUCAAACCGGUGCUCACGUUCCCUGAGGGCGUGGUUAAGCCAGGAUUUCAGGUUGGCUCGCGACCUAAUGGUGUGGAUAAACCAGCAUGGCCUGCUGAUUUGGCGACCCCUGCUAUCGUGUAA